AGCCGCAAAAGCCCGCCCUCUGUUAGCGGUUAACCUGUUCCUGAACUUCCUUUAAACUUCUUCACUUCCUAACCUUUCUGCUCAAACAGAUUAAGAAUAAACUUGCUAUCAUGUCAACGCUUCUUGUCAGUCGAACCCGGCCGUGGUGCUGGAUGUGGAGGUGCCUGAGCGCUGCACCUCCGCGUCGAGCCCACUUCCUGGCCUCUGCAGUGGUUCAAUGGGGAAAAGGGCCAAUGUUGGCCGGUGGAAGUCGCCUGCUAAUGGGACACAGUGGCGCUCACAGCCGUAGGCAGCAGCACACAGAGGCGGAACAGCCCGUUGAGGUGGAUAUGAAACGGUUAGAAGGAGCAGACAAUGGAAUAGUGGAGGUCCUGAUGUGUCGACACAAGGCAAGGAAUGCAUUGGGCCAUGUCUUUGUGUCACAGAUGAGCGAACUAAUGUCCACUCUGUCACGUGACUCAUCCGUCCGAGUCGUUGUCUUCAGGAGUCUGGUUCCGAAGGUUUUCUGCGCAGGUGCGGACCUGAAGGAGAGGGCUGUGAUGACCAACAGUGAAUCUGACCUGUUUGUUCACGGGCUGCGUUCUCUCAUGACCCAAAUAGCUGUGCUGCCCAUGCCAACCAUUGCAGCAAUAGACGGCGUUGCUGUCGGCGGUGGACUGGAGCUUGCUUUGGCCUGUGACCUACGAACUGCAGCGUUCUCGGCACAGAUGGGUCUGAUAGAGACGACGCGGGGGCUGCUGCCAGGAGCAGGGGGCAGUCAGCGGCUGCCAAGGAUGGUGGGCAUCACUCUGGCAAAGGAGCUCAUCUUCACAGGGAGGUGCGUGGGAGGGGAGACAGCUCUGGAAAUGGGUCUCGUAAACAGAGCCAUAAUGCAGAACCAUGAAGGAGAUGCGGCAUACAGAGAGGCGCUAAGUCUGGCCAGGGAGAUACUGCCCCAGGCUCCAAUUGCUGUCCGAAUGGCGAAGGAAGCUAUGAACAGAGGAUCGGAGGUCGACAUCAACUCAGCGAUGGCUAUAGAGAGAAUAUGCUAUGCUCAGGUCAUACCCACACGAGACAGACGGGAGGGUAUGGACGCUUUUAUAGAGAAAAGACCUCCACGGUACACAGGGGAGUAGACGUUGGUCUGCAGCGACUGGUCAGUAAGUCUUUAUAAACCACUGGUGGGGUUGUUUUGUUCUUUAAUCGGUGACUUCAACCUUAAUUCAAGUCAGCUGUGGGAAGGAACACAUCGUACUUGUUUAAGGCUCUGAGUUCUUUCAGUCGGGGGGAAAAAAAAACUUUGUGGAGUUUUUCUGUUGUAGUACUUUUUUAGGUCAUCUUUUGCCUCUUGAUGUGCUCAAAUAUCAUUGCCAAAGCUAUGCAACAUGAACCAAAUCUUUAUGAAUGAAGAUGUCGUGUGGAAAAUAAGUGAAAGAUUUGCAAAAACCAUAUGUACAGACAGAGCUGUUUUCCUCAGUUGAUUGUGGUAUUUAAACAUUUACAGUAUGUAUGGUAACAGUGGGAUUACUUAACAUCACUUUAAUCCAUGGCAGUCUGAUCACAUAGAAAAUUAUUAUUUUUGAUUCAUAUCAACAACUUUAACAUUUUCUGUAUUUUUUUUGUAAGUUUAAACAACAUCUUCAUAAAAAGUAAAGAUUAAUUUCUGAUCAGUUUUUAUGGGAAUGCACAUUCUUUAUUUCUCCAAAAUUAAAACAUUAAUCUCAGCAGCAAUAUGGCACAGUCAUAGCAUACAUACAGUAUGUACAGAACGGUUGAUUGAAAUCUUCAACAAUGAUUUGCUCUUCAUCUAAAAGAAAACUCUGCUGUGUAUAUUUUAUAUCUCCGUUGAAAGGUGUAAACGAUGACUCUAUUUUGCGUGAUUAAUAUUCCACUGAAAACAAGGACAUUUAACUGUAGAGAGGUGAUUUGUGUUUGGCUAAUGGCAAUUUUCGGAAGUAAUAUAUUGUAAAAUCCUAUUGUAAAAUCCUCCUAUCAACAUACACAUUUUCCAUUAAAAGUUGGGGAACCUCUCACUGUCAAAGCCAAAGUGCACUGAAUGUAAUGAUUUUUAUUUUUUGUUAAAAACACCAUAACCUUUCCUGGAAGUGCUGAUGCUGCUGAGUUUUGUUGAACUUUCAGCUCAAAACCCAAAGUUUUCUCUCCUAUUAGAUUACAGUCUUCACAGGUUCAGGUGAAGACAAAGAAGAAACGAUCAACUCUUGUGUUGUUCUCUCGUAACACGAAUUGAUAUUGAACUUUUAAUAGCGACAUUAUUUGCAUAGGACAAUCAGGCAGAGCAAUAAUGAGCUAAUCAAGAUCAGCCGAGUGUGUCUCCCCAGGGCAAGAGAAAUUUACUAGGUCAUGUGACAUCUGGAAUAAAUUAUUAUCUCAUCAGAGGGUCGUAACAAAAA